UUAGAAAUUAGGUGUAAGGAUUUCAAUCUAUCAAGAUUUUGUUUACCUUUAAAUGACAAGGGAAAUGAUGCUUUCGAACUAAUGAGUAAAUUAGCGUUCCCAGAUAAUGAAAAGAGUAUGUUUACAUAUAGUUACACCCCAUAUAAAGGAUUACAAACCGUUAACGGAUGGCAACUAUACGAUCCGGUUGAAGAGUAUACAAGACAGGGUUUAAUAUGCCCUGGUGGAGAAUGGAGGUUAUCAAAGAUUAAUCAAAAAUAUGAAUUAUGUGCUACCUAUCCCCAAUCAUUAAUGAUUCCAUUCUCAAUAUCAGACUAUCUUUUAAAUAAAUCUGCAAACUUUAGAAAUAAAAGUAGAAUCCCUGUUUGCACAUGGCGUCAUAGAUUCACCCAUGCAACAUUAUCAAGAUCAAGCCAACCUGUAAAUGGCUUUGGUAAACACAGAUGCGAAGAAGAUGAAUUGUUAGUCCAGGCCAUUAGAAAAUGUACACCCACCUCAAACUCUCCAAACUCUACCCAACCCCUAUAUAUAUAUGAUAUUCGUUCAAAAUCAAGUAUAGUCAACUCAACAGGAGGCAAUCACUCCGAGGAUAUCUCUAAUUAUACCCAUUGUCAAUUAGAGACUGUUUAUUUACAAAACAUACACGAGCUAAGAGAAUCUGCAUCUAAACUUUAUAAGGUAAUUCGAAAUUGGAACGAAAAGAAAAGUUGGUCCGAAGUGUCAAAUACUGGAUGGUUAGCACAAAUUAGUAAAUUAUUAUCAACCUCUAAGAGUAUACUAAAUUGUGUCCAUUCAUUGGGUUUGUCAGUAUUAAUUCAUUGUAUAGAUGGCUGGGAUAGAGCAACACAAAUUACAUCAUUGGUUCAAUUGUUAGCAGAUCCAUUUUAUAGAACAUUAAAGGGAUUUAUUAUUUUAAUUUGUAAAGAAUGGUUGUCUUUUGGCCAUAAAUUUAUGACAAGAAACUCUUCAUUAACAUCAUUACCCUCAAAACAAACAUCCCCAAUAUUUUUGCAAUUCAUUGAUUGUGUUUGGCAACUUACUAAACAAUUUCCAACAAGCUUCGAAUUCUCUGAUAGAUUCUUAUCUGUAAUUUUACAUCACUUAAACUCAAAUAUAUUUGGUACAUUUUUAUAUGAUAGCGAAAAAGAAAGACAGGCAAAUAAGGUAAUGAAUGAAACCGAAUCUCUAUGGACUCUUUUAAUAACUGCAUCCAAAAACUCUUCAUUAUUAAAUCCUUUAUAUGCCGCCCCACCACAU